CACUGAAGCUUUGGAUUCCGGAGGGAAGGAAAAGCACCCACUCAUUUGGGGGCAGUUCCACUGAAGAGGAACUGACAACUAGUAUUUAGGUUUAAUGUUUAGGAAUUAACUCAUUUGUAUGACUUGCUUCCUGUGGAUUGCUUAGAUUAUGGAAGAUGCAGAAGGUUACAUGGUAAUAGACCCUACAAGGCAUGUCUACACAGACACUAUUCCCAAGAAGAUGGAAGAUCCUUCGAAAUGCUGCAAAAUCACACUCUGGGUCAUACUGGGAGGAAGCAUUGCUGUGAAUGUGGCCCUAAUUGUUCUUCUGAUAGUAUUACAGACACAAAGUGUUUUCUACCCAUCGACUUCAACCAAUUCAUGCGGAUGGAUCCCAGGCAGCUUAAUAGCCUCUGUGACCUUUGACCCAGACACUGCUCAUCGCCGCCUUGUCAUCUCUAGGGAUCGGAAAACUGCAACAUGGGGAAAGGAAGAACAGCCACUUCCCGAUAGCGAUAAAAGAUUUACCCCACGGGUGUGGGUUCUGGGCCAGAAUGGGUUUAGGUCAGGAAGACACUGUUGGGAGGUGGAAAUAAAACACGAUGGAGAAUGGGCUGUGGGAGUGGCUAGGGAGUCAGUGAAGAGAAAAGGAUUGACCGAUUUUAGCACCAACGAAGGCAUCUGGGCUAUUGCAGAAUAUUGGGGGAAAAGAAAUUACGUAGCUUUUACUGUGCCACAACCCACCAAACUUACUUUAGGAAAGAAACCCCGGCGGAUUCGUGUGUUUUUGGAUUACGUCUAUCAAGAGGUGGAAUUUUUUAACGUAGAAACAAAGACGACCAUUUUCUCUUUCUCGAACGCAUCCUUCUCUGGAGAAAGAAUCUACCCCUGGUUCCGGGUUUGGGACGGAACUGAGCUUACGCUUCAUCCCUAAUGCCCAGCACUUCAUUUAAAAAAGGGAGCUCCUUCUCAAGCCGCUCUGCUGGCUGGGUAUGGUGGGAGCGGUGUGGUCUCGUACAUUUGGAAGGUGGCCCUGUGGGAUGUACUACUUGGGAUGGUGUAAUCCUCGCUCUUGCAGAAGUGCUUACUUCAACCAUUCAUACAAGAGACCCUAACCUCCUUUUGCCUAAUACCUUUCGAACAUUUUAGGAAUUGUAGAUAUGUCACCAGUUUGGGGAAGGCUCGUCUAGACUGUGUAAAAGGUUGCAACCUAGUUAAUUCUGGGCAGUCAUAAGAGUAAGAGAUGCAGAUAUCUCCACAGAUAUGAGUAAGUUUUUGUAAUUUCAAACUAUGAGUCUUUCCAACAGAGGUCCAUUGUAUUCCCACAGUAUUCCCACCCCUAUGGUCCAUGAUAAUCACACAGGUUGUUUGUGGGGAAGUCUCGCACAGGUUGGUUGUGGUGCAAACGGUGGUUGAAAUCUCACAAUAUUUUGACAGAAUUGCUCAGGAUUUUGGUAGAGCAUAAAUGUUUUAUGUGCCCAUGAGCGACAACAUGAGAUCCGUGCAUCACAGCAGUAGUGGGCAUUACACUACCAACUUGCUUAUGUAACAAUUUGUGAUAAAGUUUGCAUAAAGAAAAAGGUCUAGGAAUUGCCAACUAUUCAAGUUUCAGCACCUUGAGUAGUCAAGAUGGAAUUCCAUCCUUGAAUCUUAAGUGUUGUAUGAAGAUUCCUAAUACUAUAAGCCACGUCUGAUUUUUCUUGAAGUUGGGAAGAUAUGUAUUUGAAAUACAUUUUACCUAAGCCGAAAUGAAAUAAACCACAUCAUGACUUAGGUAAUUCGUGAAUUCGACCAUGUUCUAGUAUUGCAGUGAUUUCAGUAGCUUGAACCCAAUUUUUGUCAUAUUUUUAAUAAUAUUAAUUUAGGGUGGCUUAUAAUAAAACCCUACCAGUCCCUUCUCCAAUCAUAAUCUCAUUUAGUUAAGUUAGUUCAGAUUCCUCAUGAUUCAAUGGAGAUUUCUCCAAGAUUGACAGAACUGCUUCUCUGAAUCCUUGCAUGCUCAAUCAGGUGUCACCAGUGAUAGUAUCUACCCAACUUGUAUCUGUUGGCCAUUUCUCUUAUUGAUUGCCUUCCAUUUUUCCAAACAUCAGGAAAUACUUCCAUGAAGCUUACCUUUGUGUGAUGUGCCCCCCACACAAACUCUUAACAUAAUCUUUCUAGUAUUGAAACAUUCUUGCAGUCCAAGGUGUUCUCAACAAUUCUCUCCAGCAAAAUGUGGGUUCCUGCAAAUGUAUUAGGGAGUGUAACUCCCAUAAUUCUAGCCUUCCAAACAGCUACUGAAAUCUUAUAUAUAUCUUAUAUAUAUCUUUUGUGGACAACUUUUGUCCCAUUUGUAACAUUCAUUGGGUGAAUUCUCGACUGUUAACUGAGGUUCUUUGUCACAGAAUCUUUUCUGCCAUUGUCCAGGCUGGGUCUUUGAUGUAUCACAAAGUUUGUAAUUGCAAUAAAACUUUUUCUGGGCAA